AUGGCGCUGAGCUUCAGAACCACCCGCCACGCCUCCCGCCUGGUCCAGGCCUCCCGCCCCCUCUUCUCAGCCCGCAAUUAUGCGACCGCUGAGCCCGACCUGAAAACCACCCUGAAGGAGGUCAUCCCCGCCAAGCGCGAGCUCCUGCAGCAGGUGAAGGCGCAAAGUGACGAGACCAUCGGCGAGGUCAAGGUCGGCAACGUCAUCGGCGGCAUGCGCGGCCUGAAAGCCAUGCUCUGGGAAGGCUCAGUGCUGGACGCCGACGAGGGCAUCCGCUUCCACGGCAAAACCAUCAAAGACUGCCAAAAGGAACUGCCCAAGGGUACCUCCGGCACGGAGAUGCUCCCAGAAGCCAUGUUCUGGCUUCUGCUGACGGGCCAGAUCCCCUCGACUUCCCAAGUCCGCGCCUUCUCCCGCGAACUGGCCGAAAAGUCCGAGCUGCCCGCCCACAUCAUCAACAUGAUCAAGUCCUUCCCCAAGAGCAUGCACCCAAUGACACAGCUAUCUGUCGCCGUCGCCGCGCUUAACACCGAGUCCAAGUUCGCGCAGGCCUACGAAAAGGGCUUGAACAAGGCUGAGUACUGGGAACCCACCUUCGACGACUGCAUCUCGCUCCUAGCGAAGAUCCCUCGCGUCGCGGCACUGGUCUUCCGCCCCAACGAAAUCGACCUCGUCGGACACCAGAAGCUCGACGUCGCCCAAGACUGGGCCUACAACUUCGCCGAACUCCUCGGCAAGGGCGGACAGCAGAACGAGGACUUCCACGACCUCCUCCGCCUCUACCUCGCCCUCCACGGCGACCACGAAGGCGGCAAUGUCUCUGCGCACGCAACACACCUCGUCGGCAGCGCGCUGUCGGAUCCUUUCCUGAGCUACUCUGCCGGCUUGCUGGGUCUCGCCGGACCGCUGCACGGCCUCGCCGCGCAGGAAGUCCUCCGCUGGAUCUUAGCCAUGCAGGAGCACAUCGGCACCAAGUUCACCGAGGAAGACGUCCGCACCUACUUGUGGGACACGCUGAAAUCCGGGCGCGUCGUGCCGGGCUACGGCCACGGCGUCCUGCGCAAGCCGGAUCCCCGCUUCGAGGCCCUGAUGGACUUCGCCGCGACUCGCCCCGACGUCCUGGCUAACCCGGUCUUCCAGCUCGUUAAGAAGAACUCGGAGGUUGCUCCUGGUGUUUUGACUGAGCACGGAAAGACGAAGAACCCCCACCCCAACGUCGACGCCGUCUCCGGCGUCCUGUUCCACCACUACGGCUUCCAGCAGCCCCUGUAUUACACCGUUGCCUUUGGCGUUAGCCGUACCCUCGGUCCGCUGGUCCAGCUUAUCUGGGACCGGGCGCUGGGUAUGCCCAUUGAGCGUCCUAAGAGCAUUAACCUGCUGGGUCUGCUGAAGAAAUAG